GCAUUUCAAUUGAGAGAAUAAUAAAUUUCAUUCAAGUAUAUAUAGUAAUUUUUACGAUUUAAUAUAAAAAUUUUUAUUCCCCCUAACAAUGGAAUAUUUGUAAGUGUUCUAACAUCGUGCAUUCAACAGCUAUAUACACACUGAUACUUUUUGAGAAUAUGCGCAUUCCAAUAUCAUAUCCUGUCGGAAGGACGAAUCUCGCUCAGUUUGCACGCGACUUUCGCGGCGUUCAACGUGAAAUUUCACUGUUUAGUAGAAAUAUUCUUCGAAAAAUUCUUUGAAAUAUUCUUUGAAAUAUUCUUUGAAAUAUUCUCCGAAAUAUUCUUUUUUAAAAUGUUACAUUUAAACAAAACGUAUUUUUUACUACAAACAAAGAUAUCGUAUUUAUACCGUCGACUUUAGUGUAAUUUUUGAAGAAAACAAAACGAUAAAUUCUACUCAUCGUUAUGAGAAAUACUCGACUAAACGAAGAAACAUGAGAUGAAGAAAUUUCCCCUUAAAAUAUGCAGGACGAACUUUCUAUUUUACUAAUAGUAAUUUUAGCAAUUGGAGGAGCAACACUGAUGACUCUCCUAUUGAGUUGUUACGCCUGCAUAUUUCGUGAUUUGUGUUGUAAACAAAAUGAACAACUCAAAAGAAGAGCAAACAUGCAAAGAAGUAUUCGUGGUAAUAAACAAAAUCUAUCGGACGCAAUAGCAAUGAAUGAUUUGACACAAGGGGAAAGUAUGGCCACAGAAUCUGAGAAAGUUUAAAAUUUUCUAAUUCCGCAUAAAUCGUACAAUAUAAAUCUCGAUAAAAUAAACAAUUUUUUUUUCUUUUGUAAAUAAUAAAAAAAAAUUAAAAUGGA